AUGGGACAUGAUUUCAAGUUCAUCACUUCGACAGCAGCAUACGAUAGCUUCCCGCAAGGCAAAUGCAUUCCAAUCGAGUUCAUUGCGCUUCUGACGUCAAUCAGCUUUAGGGACACCCAUUUUCUGCUUGAGCUGCAAAAUUUUGCCAAUGGCGAACCGGAUACUAUUCCCUAUGUGGUGAGGAUGAGGUGCAACAACGAUGAUUCGAAAAAACUAGCCAAGAUGACAAUAACACUACUCUUUCAGCUGUUUGGGAUUGACACACCAGAGAGGAUACUCGAUGGGAGUUUUCAGCCUGAAAACCUUCACUGGGAGAACUUAACUUUUGUGAACUGCAAAUGUCUCUAUAGGUCAAGUGACAUGAGAUACAGCGUGGUACUGGAUGAUAUCAAGCCAUUGAAAACAAGUGCUGUGCUAGAUGCGGCGUUGAACCAGCGUCGAACUUUGCAGGGCCAAGUCAUUUUUCAAAUCUUUCAAAACUUGCUCCUGAUGGACCAGAAGCCCUCACAGUUUAAGUUUGCUCGCUUGAACAGUUAUAACAUUGAUUUCGUCAAGAGCAUUGAGAAAAUAAAAGCCUUAGGCAAAGAGUCGACAAAGGCAGCUGCAUCGAGCAACCCUCUGUUUGUAGCAAGCCAUUUGCGCUCACCUGUCGAAUCCCAAAACGAAUUCGACUCGCAGCUCAUGGGUAACGGGGGCAGUCUCGAUACGCUCGGUUUCGAUCCGAUCGAAGAGUCGCAAUCUUCUGUGGACUCUUGCCCUUCUCAGCAACCGACCAAGCGCCUCAAGCCAAGCAGCUCAACUUUGCAGCCUAACGCGAGCGCAGCGGUCGCAUUAGGGUCAAAGUUGAAACUUGUGGGGCGAAUGGUCGGCAUGUUUCCUUACUCGGACGUCAAAAGCCCAUUGCAAAUAUACUUUGUCCCAUGCGACUGGCCCUCUCUGGAAGAUACCAAUCUGGUCCCCGAUGUUAACUGCUUAGAGUUGAUUGUGGAGGCUGGUUCUAGGCUACAUGAGCUGUUUACUGAGGUUCACAAGCGUCCGGCCCGCUUUACAGACAUUCUUAAACAAGAAAGCCUCCCCAUCGAGAUCGUCCGAACCAAAUGGAAGCUUCGGGAUGAGCUGCACUCAAGCUAUUGGGCGCUCAGACACAUAGAACAGGAACAGGAGAUGCUAACAAGGAUACAGAGGCUUCCUGCUCCGUCUUCUCGAUCCCCCAGGGAUCCUUUUGUUCUAUUCAAAGAACUUGUCCUUGAUAAAGCCGGAGACGCCAGCUACGUCCGGAUGAUUGCUUUGCUUGUGUCGUGUACCUUCGAGCCGUCCGACUAUGUAGGCAUGAUCUUUACCGAUUUCACCCAAAAUCCCAACAUGAACCAAAAGACGCCCCUAGAUCCCUACUUGAUUGACUUCGACAACAGGCUGCAAGAGCACGAGGGCAUCCGUGUAUUCUUCUACCGGAACAAUUUCGGUGAGUUCGACAGAAAGCUCAAGCGCAUAUACGGCUACUCGCUCGAGAAUAUGUUUCAACCCAAGGAACCGGGCGUGAAAGCAGGCAAUGUGACCCACAAAGGCAUAGUAUGCAAGCUGUUACUGAAGGUCCGGAGGUACGACGGCAAAUUGAACGCCAUAGUGCGGGCAUGCGAGCCGCUAACCACAGACUACAACUUGCGUUACGAGGACGAGCGGACCCACUUAAAUCGGUUCUUCCGCGUUGCAUUGGAACGUCUGAAUUGGGACUCCAUCAGCCGGUUCAAGGGCUCCUACGCCAAGUGUUUCCCGCCUCUGCCCGAUUGCAUUGAAGAACUCUCGGGGCCGCAGCCGCUACCAAACGUGCUCCAGAUCGACAACAUCGCCGAUUACGAAGUGGAAACCGCUUCAGACAUAGCACAACUGAACCAGGUACAGCACGAAACCCGUACCCUGUACUGUGUGGAGGGCCAGGUACUGGCCCUCCAACACGGCGACAGCGAUGCCUUCCUCGAGAUUCUGAUCACGAACGAUGUCAUAUCGACGAACUACGUAGACCCGACACGCAUCUUGCGCAUUGCGAUCCCCGGCGGCGACAGCCUGCGAUUUUUCUUCAGCGCCAGCGACACUUCUCACCAGCACAUCCGAAAUCUACAUAAUUUGGUCGUAGGCGAGGAAUUGUGUUUCCGCAUCUUACGGCGAGCAAUGAGGAUCACUGGCUUUCAAGACAAAAUCGCAAUGGCGAUGAUCUGGUGCCCGAUGGAGUGUACAUUAGAAGAGCUGAGAUCACAAACUAUCCAUAGUUCGCAGCGCAAACUGGAGGAACAAGACAGCGUCGAGGCGUUUCAAGUCAAGACCGAGACAGGUUAG